AUGGCUGAACGAGUGGCACGUCGUUCUCAGUUCCAGUACAAAUCGAACCUUGUUUUACAAGAUGAUAAAGCGUUAGCUGAUCCUUGUGUUCGGGAUGAACCAGCUGGUGAAGUAUUACCAACCGACUUACGUUUAUUGGGAACAAAAAUGGGUGAUAAAGCACAACGUUCAAAACCAGAAAAGAAAUUCAGAAGACAAAAGAAGGAAAGUGACUAUUCAAAAUAUGACACAAAACGUUUUAAAGGCGAAACAUUGUUAUCCGACGAUACACUAGAGAAUACAUCAAGUGUUGUGUAUCAGCCCAAAACACAAGAGACAAAACAAGCGUACGAGAUAUUAGUAGAUCUUAUUCAAAUAUAUCUUGGUGAUCAGGCGCACGAUGUUUUAUGUGGAGCGGCCGAUGAAGUAUUAAGUUUAUUGAAAAAUGAUAAAGUACGUGAUAAUGAACGUAAACAUGGAAUCGAAACAGUAUUAAGUAGUAAAAUAACUGAUGAAUGUUUUACAUCGUUAAUGAAACUAGGAAAGACAAUAACCGAUUGGUCAAUAGAUGAUAAAAUACAACAAGAAGAAAUGGAUGAAACAUAUGGUGUUAGCGUUGAAUUCGAAAGAAGUGAUUCUGAAAGAGGCAAUGAUGAUGACGAAAUACCAGGAGACGAAGAGUCGGAUGAAGAUGGAGAAGAGACUAAAAUGGAUUAUGCGAUACAAGGAAAAAAUAUAAGUGAUGACGAUUUAGCACAUCAACGUAAAUUAUUACAACCAAAUGAUAUUGAUGCAUAUUGGUUACAACGAAAAUUAUAUACGAUCUAUAAUGAAUCAAUAGUGGCACAAACGAGAACUCAAGAAGUUUUGGAAAUAUUAAAAAAUGCAUCGAAUGAUCGUGAAUUAGAAACUCAACUUGUUCUAUUACUGGGUUCUGAUCGAUUCGAUUUUAUUAAAAUUUUAUGUGCUAAUCGACAAAUGAUCUUAUACUCUACAUUACUUGCAUCAUCACAAAGUGCAUUAGAAAAGGUAUGUAUUGAAGAUAAAAUGCGAAGUGAUCCAGAAUUAUGUCGAAUAUUACAAGCAGUAUCGAAAACAGAAAAGAAUGUUAAUAUGGCUGAUAAACACGAUUGUCGUGUAAAUACAAGAGAAGCACAUAGUAAACAGAAGCAAGAGAUGAUAGGCACGGAUGAUAACAUCCCAGAGUUUUCGAAUUCACAACAUGUAUUGAAUCUGGAAGAUCUUGUAUUUACGCAAGGUAGUCAUUUUAUGGCUAAUAAAACUUGCACACUACCAGAAGGUUCAUAUAGUUGUCAGAAAAAAGGUUACGAAGAAAUUUAUGUUCCAUCAUUAAAACCAAUGCUAUUGGAUCCUGAUGAGGUAUUAUUUCUUAUAACUAAUCUUCCCAGGUAUGUACAGCCAGCAUUUAAAAAUUAUAAAGAAUUAAAUCGUAUUCAAUCAAAAAUGGUUAAAGUAACACUGGAAACAGAUGAAAAUAUUUUAUUAUGUGCACCAACUGGUUCUGGUAAAACAAAUAUCGCAUUAUUGUGUAUUCUACGUGAAAUGGGUAAACAUGUAAUGCCAGAUGGUUCAAUAAAUACAGACGAAUUUAAAAUAAUUUACAUUGCACCAAUGCGUUCUCUUGUACAAGAAAUUGUUGGCAAUUUUACAAAGCGUUUGAAUCCUUAUGGUGUUAAAGUAGCUGAAUUAACUGGUGAUCAUCAAUUAUCAAAAGAGCAAAUAAAUGACACACAAUUAAUCGUCUGUACACCAGAAAAGUGGGAUAUUAUCACGAGAAAGGGUGACGAACGUGUAUAUACACAAUUGGUUCGAUUAAUCAUUUUCGAUGAGAUACAUUUAUUGCAUGAUGAUCGUGGUCCAGUAUUAGAAGCUAUUAUUGCUCGUGUAAUUCGAGCGACUGCGGUUACACAAGACAGAGUUCGAUUUGUUGGUCUAAGUGCUACGUUACCAAAUUUUGAAGAUAUUGCAACAUUCUUACGUGUGGAAAAAGAAGGUCUAUUUCAUUUUAAUAAUAGUUAUCGUCCUGUACCAUUAGAACAGCAAUAUAUUGGUAUAACGGAAAAAAAAGCUAUUAAACGUUAUCAAAUAAUGAAUGAUCUUGUCUAUGAAAAAGCUAUAGGACAGGCUGGAAAAAAUCAGAUUUUGAUAUUUGUUCAUUCACGUAAAGAAACUGGAAAAACAGCCCGAGCUAUUCGUGAUGCAUGUCUCGAAAAAAAUACAAUCGGUGUGUUUUCAAAAGGAGAUUCAGCAUCAAUGAAAAUUCUUCGAAUGGAAGCCGAAAAAACAAAAAAUUUAGAGUUGAAAGAUCUCCUUCCCUAUUCCAUUGCAAUUCAUCAUGCUGGUAUGAAUCGUGUUGAUCGAACGCUAGUCGUAGAUUUAUUUGCUGAAUGUCAUAUUCAGGUGCUUGUAUCAACAGCAACGUUAGCAUGGGGUGUUAAUUUACCGGCUCAUACCGUCAUUAUCAAAGGUACUCAAGUUUAUAAUUCUGAAAAAGGACGUUGGACACAGUUAAGUGCACUUGAUGUCAUGCAGAUGCUCGGACGUGCUGGUCGUCCACAGUAUGAUACAAAAGGUGAAGGUAUACUUAUUACAAGUCAUAAUGAAUUACAAUAUUAUUUAUCAUUAAUGAAUCAACAGUUACCUAUCGAAAGUCAAAUGAUAUCGAAAAUCGUUGAUAAUUUAAAUGCUGAAAUUGUCCUGGGCACUGUGCAAAAUACACGAGAAGCUGCUGAAUGGCUUAGUUUUACUUAUUUAUAUAUUCGAAUGAUCAAAGAGCCUCAUUUAUACGGUGUUUCUAAUGAACAAUUAUUAUUAGAUAAAUAUUUGUUACAAUAUCGUAUUGAUCUUAUUCACAGUGCCGCUAUACAAUUAGAUAAAUGUCAUUUAAUAUAUUAUGAUCGUAAAACGGGUAACUUUCAAUCAACUGAAAAUGGUCGUAUUGCUAGUCAUUAUUAUUGCACCUAUGAAACAAUGACCAUGUAUAAUCGGUUACUUAAACCAACCUUAUCAGAAAUUGAAUUAUUACGUGUUUUUUCAUCAUCGCCAGAAUUUCGUAAUAUAACAGUAAGAGAAGAGGAAAAAGUAGAAUUAAAAAAACUACUAGAACAUGUACCUAUACCAAUUAUAGAAAGUAUUGAAGAACCUAGUGCAAAAAUCAAUGUUUUAUUACAAGUAUAUAUAUCAAAGUUGAAACUAGAUGGUUUUAUGUUGAUGUCUGACAUGGUUUAUAUCACACAAAGUGCCGGACGUCUGAUGAGAGCCAUCUUUGAAAUCGUGUUGCAGCGAGGUUGGGCACAAAUGAUCAAUAAAACAUUAAAUUUAUCGAAAAUGAUUGAUAAAAGAAUGUGGCAAUGUAUGUGUCCAUUAAGACAAUUUCCCGAAAUAUCCAACAAAAUUAUACACAAAAUUGAACAGAAAAAUAUAGCGUGGGAACGCUUUUAUGAUUUAGAAGCACAUGAAAUAGGCGAAUUGAUAGGUGAACCAAAAGUUGAUAAAAUAAUCUAUAAAUAUAUUCAUCAUAUACCAAAAUUAGAAUUAACUGUUCAUGUUUUACCAAUAACACGUCAAACAUUAAAAGUUGAAUUAAAAAUUAUACCAGAUUUCCAGUGGAAUGAUAAACUGCAUGGAAUGAGUGAAGCCUUUUGGAUUUUUGUUGAAGAUUUUGAUUCGGAAGUAUUAUUACAUCAUGAAUAUUUUCUACUUAAAAAAAAAUACUGUGAAGAUGAACAUUAUGUCAAAUUUUUUGUCCCAGUUGUUGAACCAUUACCACCACACUAUUUUAUACGUGUUGUAUCAGAUAAAUGGAUGGCAUCUGAAACUCAAGUAGCUAUUUCAUUUCGUCAUUUAAUAUUACCGGAAAAACAAUCAUCUCCGACUGAAUUACUUGAUUUACAACCAUUAGCUGUUAAUGCAUUGCACAAUCCAAAAUAUGAAGAAUUAUAUAAUUUUAAGUUUUUUAAUAGUAUCCAAACACAAGUUUUCAACACGCUGUAUAAUACUGAUGAAAAUGUAUUCCUGGGUGCGUCAACUGGUUCGGGAAAAACAACUUGUGCCGAAUUUGCCAUAUUACGACUAUUUUCGUCCGAAAAAACAAAAGAAUCAUCUGAUCAAAAAUGUGUUUAUAUAACACCAAAAGAAGAACUAGCCGAAAUCGUACGUCUAGAUUGGGAAAAGCAUUUUUUGACAAUUGAAAAGAAAGUUGUUUUAUUAACUGGCGAAACAGCAACAGAUUUAAAAUUAAUAGCUAAAGGUGAUAUUAUUAUCUCUACUCCCGAACAUUGGGACAUGCUGUCACGUCGUUGGAAACAACGAAAAAAUGUUCAAAAGGUCAAUUUAUUUAUUGUUGACGAUUUACAUAUUAUUAACAGCGAUGAUGGAUCUGCACUUGAAAUAAUUUGUUCACGUAUGCGUUACAUGAGUUCACAAAUCGAACAUAAUAUUCGUAUUAUAGCUCUAUGCUCAUCCGUAUCAAAUGCCAAAGAUGUUGCACAAUGGCUUGGUUGUAGUACAAAUGCUACAUUCAAUUUUCCUCCAAAUGUUCGACCUGUUCAAUUAGAAAUACAUAUUCAGGAGUUUAACAUAACACAUAAUGCAAGUCGUCUAAUAGCCAUGGCUAAACCAGUUUAUCAGGCAAUAAAUCGUUAUUCACUAGGCCGUUCGGUUAUUAUAUUUGUACCAUCAAGAAAGUUAUCGCGUAUGACAGCGGUUGAUUUAUUGACAUUUGCUACUGUUGAACAAAAAUCCGAUCGAUUUUUACACACAUCAACAGAUGAUAUCACAUCUUUUUUGGGAAAAAUGGAAGAUCAAAUAUUAAAAGCAACUGUUUCGCAAGGUAUUGCUUAUGUUCACGAAGGUUUAAGUAUUAAAGAUCGUUCGAUUAUUGAACAGUUAUACAAUACUGGUGCAUUACAAGUUUGUGUUGUAUCACGUAGUAUGUGUUGGGCAUUCAACUUAUAUUCGUAUCUUGUUAUCAUCAUGGAUACACAGUAUUAUAAUGGUCGAGAGCAUGCUUAUGACGACUAUCCCAUCUCUGAUAUACUACAAAUGGUUGGACGAGCAAAUCAACCAUCACAAUAUGAUAAUGCAAAAGUAAUCCUUAUGUGUUUAUCGUCUAAAAAGAAUUUUUUCAAAAAGUUCUUGUAUGAACCUUUACCAAUAGAAUCACAUCUUGAUCAUUGUUUACAAGAUCAUUUUAACGCCGAAAUUGUAACAAAAACAAUUGAAAAUAAGCAAGAUGCAAUCGAUUAUUUAACGUGGACACUAUUAUACAGACGGAUGACACAAAAUCCAAAUUAUUACAAUUUGCAAGGUAUUUCCCACCGUUACGUAUCUGAUCAAUUAUCUGAACUAGUCGAAAAUACUUUAAACCAUUUGGAAAAAUCGAACUGCAUUGCAAUCGAAAAUGAAAUGAACACAUUUCCGUUGAAUUUGGGCAUGAUAGCUGCUUAUUAUUAUAUUAACUAUCGUACCAUUGAAUUAUUUAGUAAAUCAUUAUCAGCCAAAACGAAUAUAAAAACAUUACUAGAUAUUGUGGCAAAUGCUGCUGAAUAUGAGAAUAUACCAAUUCGGCAUCAUGACGAUAGCAUUUUGAAAAAACUAGCAACGCAUCUACCAAACAAAUUCAAUAAUGUUAAAUUUAAUGACUCACAUGUGAAAACAAAUCUGUUGAUACAAGCUCACUUAUCUCGUAUACAAUUAUCGACUGAAUUACAAAAAGAUGUCAAUGAUAUUUUAAAUAAAGCAAUUCGUUUAGUUCAAGCGUGUGUGGAUGUGUUGAGUUCGAAUGGUUGGCUUUCUCCAGCGUUAGUCGCUAUGGAAUUAGCUCAAAUGUUGACACAAGCGAUGUGGAAUAAAGAGUCAUAUCUGCGACAAAUACCACAUUUUACAGCAGAAAUUAUUCAACGUUGUAAAGAACAGAAAAUCGAGACUGUAUUCGAUUUGAUAGACAUGCAAGAUGAUGAUCGUGUUUCUUUAUUACAAUUAUCUGUCGAUAAAUUAGCUGACGCUGCACGUUUUUGUAAUCGUUAUCCAAAUAUUGAAUUAACCUACGAAAUUGUUGAUAAAGAUAAUAUAAUUUCAUCAAGUACAGUUAAUGUUAACGUGACGUUAGAACGUGCAAGUGUUGUCGGUCCGGUGAUUGCACCCUUUUUUCCUCAAAAACGAGAAGAAGGAUGGUGGCUUGUUAUUGGAGAAUUAAAAUCAAAUUCGUUGGUAUCCAUUAAACGUUUAAUAUUACAUCAAAAAGCUAAAGUGAAUUUAGAUUUCGUUGCACCAUCACCGGUAACUAGAGAUUUAUUCGAAGCAUGUCGAAAUGGUGAUCUAGCAAAAGUUAAAAGAUUAUUAACUAACCAAAAUGUCAAUGCUAAGGAUCUUUUAGGAAGAAAAUCGACAUUGUUACAUUUCGCUGCGGGUUUCGGACGCAAAGAUAUUGUAGAAUAUUUGUUGAGUAUUGAAGGUGUGGACGUUCAUGCCAAAGAUGAUGGAGGACUCGUUCCCAUUCAUAACGCAGCUAGUUUUGGUCAUUCGGAGGUUGUGCAAUUGUUGUUAAAUCAUCAUUCGGAUGCAAACACACGCGACAAUUGGAACUUUACACCUCUUCUAGAAGCAGCAUCAAAAGGAAAGAUCGACGUUUGUAUAGUUUUACUACAACAUGGCGCGGAUUGGAACAUCAAAAACACAGAUGGGAAAACAGCCCUUGAUCUCGCCGAUCCAUCGACACGUCCUGUCCUGACCGGUGAAUAUCGGAAAGAUGAGUUGUUAGAAGCUGCAAGAUCGGGAAACGAAGAGAAGUUAUUCUCAUUGCUCACGCCGUUAAAUGUCAAUUGUCAUGCGAGUGAUGGAAGAAAAUCGACUCCGUUACAUCUGGCAGCAGGCUAUAAUCGUAGUCAUAUUGUUAAAAUUUUACUCGAACACGGAGCGGAUGUUCACGCAAAAGACAAAGGUGGCUUGGUGCCUCUACAUAAUGCGACAUCAUACGGACAUUACGAAGUCGCUGAACUUCUUAUUCAAUUUGGUGCAGAUGUAAAUUCUUGUGACCUCUGGCAGUACACACCACUGCAUGAAGCUGCUUCCAAAGGUCGAACCGAAGUUUGUACGCUGUUGUUAAGUAAUAAUGCGGAUCCAACGUUAACGAACUGUCAUAAUAAAAGUGCUUUGGACGUUGCUGCAACAAUAGAAUUACGAGAUAAAAUAUUAUUGGAAUAUAACGGUUACUCUAUGAUUGAUGCUGCAAAGAACGGUGAUGUGAAUCGUUUAAAAAAAUGUUUGUCCAUAUCGCCAGAUAUGGUUAAUUUCAAACAUGUAAAAACGAAUGAUACUGCAUUGCAUAUUGCAUGUACUUCAACAUCCACAAAACGUAAACAAAUUGUCGAACUCCUGAUUCGUCGUGGUAGUAAUGUGAACGAAGUCAACAAAGAUAUGCUUGCACCGAUACACGUCGCAAGUGAUAACGAUUAUUCAGAUGUUGUUGAAUUAUUGCUCAAAAAUGGCGCUAUGAUUAAUCAACUUGAUUGUUUAGGACAAACAGCCUUACAUCGUGCAGCUAAACUUGAUCAUAGUGCUAUUUGUCGUUUACUGCUAGCUCACGGUGCCGAUACAGAUAUUCUAUCGUUAGAAGGUUAUACAGCAGCACAAAUGGCUACAAUUACUGGUGAAGCAGAGCUAACUAACAAUUUGGAAUUACAAUUACUCGAAGCGUCAAAAUCUGGGGAUUUAGAAGUUGUAAAGCGUGUAUUAGCUGAAAAAUCUGGUUUGAUUAAUUGUCGUGACGCUCAAGGCAGACAUUCGACUCCAUUACACUUUGCUGCUGGAUAUAAUCGUAUUGCAGUGGUAGAAUAUUUACUUUCGAUGGGCGCUGAUGUUCAUGCAAAAGACAAAGGAGGAUUAGUUGCACUACAUAACAGCUGUUCAUAUGGUCAUUUUGAAGUAACAGAAUUGCUUGUUAAUCAUGGAGCGUCUGUGAAUGCUGUCGAUCUCUGGAGGUAUACUCCACUACAUGAAGCUGCAAUCAAAAAUAAAUUUGAAAUCUGUAAAUUAUUAUUAAAGCACGGUGCGGAUCCACAGAAAAAAAAUCGUGAUGGUUGUUUGCCUGUUGAUUUGGUUAAAGAUGCGGACAGUGAUGUAGUUGAUCUGUUGAAAGGUGAUAGUGCUAUAUUAGAAUUGGCUAAAAAAGGAAAUUUAGAACGUUUGAAAAAAGUAUUAACAUCUGAAAAUGUUAACUGUCGGGAUACGCAAGGUCGAAAUUCCACACCGUUACAUCUUGCAGCUGGAUACAAUAAUAUUGAGAUUUGCGAAUAUCUUCUGGAAAAUGGCGCAGACCCAAACUCACAGGACAAAGGUGGUUUAAUAUCUCUUCAUAAUGCCGCGUCAUAUGGCCACGCGGAUAUAUCUGCAUUGUUAAUCAAAUACAAUGCAAAUGUAAACGCAACAGAUCGAUGGGGUUUUACACCGUUACAUGAAGCUGCAUCAAAAGGACGAACGCAAUUAUGCGCAUUACUAUUGGCUCAUGGAGCAGAUCCACUGAUAAGAAACCAAGAAAAUCAAACACCUUAUGACUUGGCCGUUGCAGAUGAUGUUAAAUGUCUGUUAUUAGAUUCAAUGCCGGUUGCACAAACACCAACGAUAUUGUCUAAAACAGCGACGAAUAAUCAAUCACAUAAUUCAUCAUUAUAUGUUGGAAGUAUGAAUAAUAAUAGUACAUCGCUGAGUGUAUCGUCGUUAGGAUCACGAGAAGAUUCUUUAAUGGGUAUGGAAGCCAGUGCUUCGGCAAUUGUAGUUUCGAUACCGUCCAUACCUCGUCAUCAUCAUCAACAACAUCAUUUACCAAGUGGCGAUGGCUGUAUGGGUCUGACAUUGGAUGAUGAAUUUAGAGAGGAAGCAGAGACAAUGAAAAUGGAUGAAUUUUUAAGCUUAUGUAAUUUACCAUUGGAACAACAGCAAUCUAUACGAGAAAUAUUUGAACAUGAACACAUCACACUAGAUAUACUAGCUGAAAUGAAUCAUAAUGAAUUGAAAGAUAUUGGAAUUAUCACAUACGGACAACGACACAAAUUAAUCAAAGGCGUAGAAAAAUUGUAUAAACAAGCCAAGAAUCCAUGGUUAAGUAUACCGACCAACGGUUCCGUAUUUAUAAAUCUAGAACCAAACGAUCGAGAAUAUAUGCUGGUAGAAGAUGAAAUGCAGAGUACUAUUCGUGAACACAAAGAUAGCUGUGGAGGAAUUUUUUAUCGAUAUGCUGUUUUGAAGAUCCAAAAGAUACGUAAUCGCCGAUUAUGGGAACGCUAUUGUCAUAGAAAGAAGGAAAUUCAAGAUGAUAAUAAUGGACAUGAAAAUGAGCGUUUAUUAUUUCAUGGUUCACCAUUUCUAAACUCAAUAAUAAACAAGGGUUUUGAUGAACGACAUGCUUGUAUUGCGGGCAUGUUUGGUGCUGGCAUCUAUUUUGCUGAAAAUUCAUCAAAAUCGAAUCAAUACGUGUUCGGCAUUGGUGGUGGGAGUGGAUGUACGACACACAAAGAUAAAUCGUGUUAUAGAUGUCCUAGACAAAUGUUAUUAUGUAGAGUAUGUUUGGGUCGUUCAUUUUUACAAUUUAAUGCUAUGAAAAUUGCUCACGCACCACCAGGACAUCAUAGUAUUAUUGGACGCCCUCAGCAAGGUGGUCUAGCCUAUCCAGAAUACGUCGUCUAUCGAGGAGAGCAAGCUUAUCCCGAAUAUAUAAUUACGUACGUUUUACAAAAUCCUUCAAAUGAUCAAUGA